AUGAAGUUGUUUCUUGUUUUUAUUCUGACGAUUGUAUCGGUGUCAUGCGUAGAAAAGAAUUCCACAAAUGGGUACUGGGAAAGAUUCAGCCGCUUUAUGGAAGAAUUUGGACCUAUUGCUGAGGACAUAAUCGCCAAAAAGACACCAGCUAUUCCUAGGAAACAGGACUAUACAUUUGACUGUGAAAUUCUACCUCCAUCUGAUACAACACCUACUUCCGUCCAUAAACUGCGACCCGCUGAUAUUGAUGUUGUUGCCGCUUUGGGAGACUCUUUAACGGCUGCUAAUGGUGCCGGUGCGUCAAAUCCCAUACUAGUUCUACGAGAGUACAGAGGACUAUCAUUCAGCAUUGGUGGUGAUGAUACCUUAGAGGAUGGCGUUCUCACUUUACCAAAUAUUUUAAAACAGUAUAAUUCAGAAGUAACUGGGUGGUCUGAAGGAAUAGGACGAGUCGAUAACUAUGAAGUAUCAAGAUUGAAUGUGGCAGUACCAGGAGGGAAAGCAGAUGAUAUGUAUGAUCAGACAGUGGACCUUAUCAACAGAUUGAAAACCCACGAGUCAUUGGAUUAUGAAAAUGAUUGGAAAAUGGUUACUCUAUUUAUCGGUGGCAAUGACCUGUGUGCAUACUGCCAUGACCCAGAAGACCACACUGCGGAACAGUAUACAAAGCACAUUAAAACGGCGUUAGAUCUGAUGCAUGCAGAGAUGCCGAGGACUUUCGUUAAUUUAGCGCAGACCGUGCUGGUUACUGAAAUCAAUAAAUUAGAUGAUUGCUUUUGUGAUCUUAUACACCUUUUUCUCUGUGACUGUGCCAAAGCAACGUGGUCCGAUGACUGGCAAGAAAUUCUAAUACUGGCAAAUAAAUAUCAUCGUGCAUUAGAGGAGUUGGUUGAAGAUGGUAGGUAUGACACAAGAGAAGAUUUUACUGUAGUUAUCCAACCAUUUUUUGAAGAGACACGCAUACCUCCUGACGGUGAAGGUGGAUGGGAUGAUUCAUUCUUUGCGCCAGACUGUUUUCAUUUCAGUGAAUACGGGCACCAGGAAUGUGCUAAGAGUUUAUGGAAUAAUUUAAUAGAGCCAGUAGGACAGAAACGUACAGCUUGGCACCCUGACGACAUUGUAGAAUGCCCAUCUGAGGAUUUUGAAUUCUUCUAUACAUAUAAGAACUCAGACAAAACCCCGCAACAACCAGAACCCGUGUCGCAAGCACAUAUGGUAACCAUGACACCCAUGUUAUUAGUUCUGUUUACUGCCACGGUUCUACAAAUAUGUGUAUGA